UACCUAACCUCAAAUUACAAUGUUUUGAAAAAGUCAAAGAAAUUAAACUGUUAAAUAACGCUGGAAAAAGUAGAAUAUUGGUAGAAUUCUACUCAAUGAAAAGAUGGACAGAACUGAUUUAAGAGAACUCUUGUAUAGCGAUCUUCCAAAUGAAAUAAUACAGUUACCCAGUGUUCCCACUGAAGAUUCACUGCAGUAUGUAAAGAACUUUUUGUCACAGAAUUUACCAAGUUCAGACAGCAAAAAUCUAACGGCCGAUUUAAAAUGGAACUUUCUAUUAAAAAAGCAUUCAUUCGAAAAAAUAAAAACUGGUUUUAAAGGCAAAAAAAGUUUCCUGACCAGAAAACAAAGAAAAGAUCUUAAUUUACUUAAAGUUCCCAGAGAGGGCUGGGACUAUGAGCAGUUAGAGAAUCUUAGAGACAUGUGGAGGUCAUACAUGAGGGAAAACUUAGAUUUAAAUCGCAAAGCACCAAGCUGUACAGAUCAAGAAUGGAAUGCUUUUAGUGUAAUUGUUGCAAAGUCUGAAUUAAUUGGAGCUGAAAUAACUGUAGUCAGAUCGAAAGUUCCUAGUUUAUUGAGAAUGAGAGGUACUAUUGUUUUAGAGACUAAAAUGACCUUUCAGAUAGUUACAGCAGAAUCUAAGCUAAAAAUAUUAAUUAAAGCAGAUUCUGUGUUUGAAUUUCAACUGGACAAUAUAAAAUUUACAGUUUUUGGAAAAUACUUAAUGACAAAACCGAGUGAAAGAAGUACCAAGAAAAUUAGAUCACAGAUGACACCAGAUUUAUAGUUAUUAAGAUAUUUGUAUAGUUUUUUAAAUUAAAUUUGAAAUAAAGUCUUUUACUUAA